AUGGAGCAGCCCCGCCACCGAGGCGCGGCCGCGCCCGCGGGAGGCGACGGGAGCCGGGAGUGCCCGGGGGGCGGUGGCAGCCCCGCGGCGGACAGCGCGCGGGCACCGGCCCCUGGGCUGGAGGACGAGGACGACGAGCACGAGCUGCCCGGGCCCCGCUGCGCCUGCCGGUUCUGGGGGGACGCGGCCGCCCUCUCCAGCCCCGCCGGGCGGCUGGCCGGGUCCUGCAGCCUGAGCUGCCGCCGCCGGGCUGGCUCCGGCACCGGGGAGGACGAGGAUGGGACAGGAGCCCGGCGGCCGCAGCGGCGGCAGCGCCAGCAUUCAGCUCCCAAGGAGAAGAAGAGUGGCGGGCGGCGUGAGAGCACCGCGGGCAGACGGCACCAGGCACCGCGCAAGAGGAGCCGCGCGGACGGCGCUGAGCCGCCGGGGCCGGCAGAGGACCCGGCUGGCCACCGGGGGCUGCUGACCGGCCACCGGGGGCUGCUGGCCCGGGCGCUCCGGUUGGGCACAGAGGCCGGCGAGUGGCUGCUCGGCUCCUGCUGCUGCUUCGGUGACCGUGGCUCCGCGCGGGGUUGGCGUCGGCGGGCAAUCCGGUGGCUGGGUGCCGGGGCUCGGUUCAUCCUGCGGCUGCUCUGGCUGCUCCUGGCGCUGCUGCUGCUGCUCCUGGUGCUGCUCCUGGGCUGCCUGCGGCUCGGUGCUGCCGCAGUGGCCGCUGGCACGGCGCAGCUGGCUGGGACCCGGCGGGUGGUGCAGCUGCUGGAGGCGGCGGCUGCGCCGCACAGGACGCGGGGGCCGCUUGGGGACAGCGGGACGUGGCACCGACUCCGGGACUGGCUGCAGGGGGGUGGGACACAGCAGGGGGAAGAUACAGCACCCAGCUGUGCUGGGGGGGCUCCCGGUGCCAGGGAGGAGACGCAGCGGCUCUUGGCUGCAGCCAACAUCCCCGAGGAGCAGCUGAACCCCUUCCAGGUGCUCGGGGUGGAGGCGACGGCGUCAGACGCAGAGCUGCGCAGAGCCUAUCGCCGCUUGGCUGUGCUGGUGCACCCGGACAAGAAUGAGCACCCACGGGCGGAGGCAGCGUUCAAGGUGCUGCGGGCGGCCUGGGACAUCGUCAGCAGCCCCGAGCGGCGCAGGGAGUAUGAGCUCAAGCGGCUGGCAGAGCAGGAGCUGUCACGCUCGGUGGGCGUGUUCCUGAGCCGGCUGCAGGACAAUCUGCGCGACGCCAUGAACACCAUGAUGUGCAGCAAGUGCCGGGGGAAGCACAAGAGGUUCGAGCUGGAGCGGGACCCGCUGAGUGCGCGGUACUGCGCGGAGUGCGGGGGGCUGCACCCUGCUGAGGAGGGCGACUUCUGGGCCGAGUCCAGUCUCCUGGGACUGAAAAUCACCUACCUGGCCAUGAUGGAGGGGAAGAUCUACGACAUCACAGAGUGGGCCGGCUGCCAGCGCGUGGGCAUCGCCCCCGACACCCACCGCGUCCCCUACCACAUUUCCUGCGGCGCCCGGGCUGCGGCGCGGCACAGGUCAGUGCGGGGGGGCCGGGGAAACGGGCGCUGCUGGCUCAGCCAGCCCCCAAACCCGCUGGUGCCCCUCAGGUGCGGCCCCCCCGCCGCUGCUGACCUGCAGGACUUCUUCACCCGCGUGCUUCGGGGGGGGGCGGGGCCGGCGGCCGGGGGCGGGGCCUUCCCGCCGCCCCCCCCCGCGCCCCCGGGUCCUCCCCCCAGGGCCGAGGGCGCGGGCCCAAAGGGGGAGGCCAAGCCCAAGAGGAGGAAGAGGGCGCGGCGGCCGCUCCGGCGCUGAGCGGCUCCGGGCGGGCACUGAAAGGGCUUUUUUCAAUUAAAAACAAAUCUAUUUUUCCUUUUUUUAAAAAAAAUCUUAUUUCCAUCUACGGAAAA